AUGAGUGGAUUUUCCAGGCUCCCUCUGCACGUGGACCUGGUGCCGGAGCGUGGUAGCUGGAUCGCGCUGCCACCCACGCUUGCUGCGCAGCUGCUCGAUGCGGGCGCCGAGCUGCCACUGAUUGUGCAGCUGGUGCCGCUCGACGCCAUCGGCGCCCCUGCCCAAGGCGCGCGCCCGCUGUUUGCCGCGUGGCAGGGCUCGACCCUCCCCUCAGAGGGCGCCCUCGGCGUCCCCGCCGCGCUCGCAAACUGCCUCGGCCUGCGUCGCGGCGCGCCGGUGCAGCUGCGGCCGCUAGCGGGGGUGCCGGCGGCAGAAGCGGUCAUUGUCGAGCCACUAAGCGGGGAUGACUGGGAGGUCCUCGAGCUCAACGCGGGCCACUUGGAGGACCAGCUGCUGGAGCAGGUCGGCGUGGUGGCGCCCGGCCAGGCGCUGACGAUGUGGGCGCGCCAGGCGCCCGCAAGGCUGCUGGUGACGUCACUCCUGCCAGAGGGCCUCGCGGUCGCCCGCCUGGCGCCGGGCACCGAGGUGCACAUCGCCCCAAAGCCGCGCGUCGGCGCCGCGGGCGGCAACGGCGGCGGCGAGCUGCCGGCCGUGGGCGGCGGCGGGGAGGCGGCGGCGGCAGCGGCGGCGGCAGAGCAGGCGCCGCGCCGCGUGUGGCUGCGGGUCCUGGAGGCGGGGCCCGAGAGGUGCAGUCGUGGCUGA